GCGGCCCGCCCGGCCCCGGCCAGUCAGAGUCAGUUCAGUUCACGGAGCCACGCCGUCGCGAGCACAGCGCCGAGACGAAACCUGCCGCGAGUCACACGCCCCGCAGCGCGCCAACGCGAGAGCCGACUCUCCCCCGAGCCCGCCAGCCCGUCCACCCACCUGACCACCACGAUGUUGCCGUCACUACCAUUCUGCCUCUGCCUACUGGCCGCGGUACUCGGGCUUGUCGGAGCCGCCGAGGAGGAAACCACGGAGUUCACAUUCAAGCAGUACCCAGAUGGCACCGUGAAACGGGGAGCCAUGGUGGAGCUCCAGGGCGCCGUCAAGGGCAACAUCACCUUCAUCCAGCUCGGUGACGGUCCCGUCGUCAUCUUCGGCAACGUGUCGGGGCUGGCGCCCGGCCGCCACGGCUUCCACGUCCACGAGAAGGGGGACGUGAGCACGGGCUGCGCCGCGGCCGGCGGACACUUCAACCCCGAAGGCAAAAAGCACGGCGGACCCGAGGACUCUGAGCGACACGUCGGCGACCUGGGCAACAUCGUGGCCAACGAGUUCGGCGUGGCCACCAUCCGCACGGAGGAUCGCGUCAUCUCGCUGAUGGGACCGCACGGCAUCAUCGGCAGGGCCGUGGUGGUGCACUCGCACGAGGACGACCUGGGCCGCGGCGGCUACCCGGACUCCCUCACCACCGGCCACGCCGGGGACAGGGUGGCCUGCGGCACCAUCAAGAUCAAGUUCCCCGCCGGCCCCUGGACCGAGGCCUCCAGACCCGCUAACAGCGCCGCACCCGCCCUCAGGUGGACUUGGUCCUUGCUUGUCCCGCUUCUGUGCCUGCUCCUCGCCCGAGCCUGAGCACACACUCUACACGGCCCCUCUGCGGGCUUCCCUGUGACCAUUCCAAACCAACACCAAACUCUCGUGCCAUCGACUUUGGUUUAUAUCCGGUCAUAUUGAUUGUGGCCGGUAAUCUACCAGAGUCUGAUCUUAAGGUUGCCGGUAAAAGUGCCACCUUUACGACGACAUCCCUGGUGCACAUCCGAAAUGCGGUGAAUCUGCCCAGCUGUGAAGAGGAGUCCUUCUGUGGGGCUCUCAGUAUCGCGAAUAUUUCUAAAUAAGUGUCUAUGUAAAUAAGUGUCUAUGUAAAUGUCCUCACCCACAUUUUUCAAAUCUUACCCUUCAAAACUUUUUUUCUCGCUGCGCACAAAGUUACCAUGAAACUACCCAGGAAACAAUGUCUAACGCCAUCAAAACGAUAUCAAGAUGACGUCGUGUUGAUGUUAUUUUGACGUCACCUUUUUUGGUCUUGCCUGGGAAGUCGACGGUGGCGCUUCAACACGUCCGUAUCACUUCGGGUGGGGAAUUGCCGCAUUGCCGAUGCAAAGUGCAACGCACGCCUGCGUCAUCUGAGGUAAUCUCACUUGCAGUCUAGUACUUAACUAAUGUGAAAUAAGUCGGUGUUAUGUGCAAAUGCUGUUUCGUUGUGAUUACGAGUUAAUUUUAAACAUUGUUUUUGUCAUAUUAACUUUGAUCCUGGUACUAGUUUUGUUGGAUCUCAAUGUUUUAUGUCGUUUAAAGAAGGUUGUACAAUAUUGUAAAUAGUUCCUUAAAGCUUGUUUAUUUGUGCAGACACAGAGCACUGUCUUUAUCUUAAUUUAAAUAAUGUUUUUGUGCCAGCAGUAUUUUGAUACAUACGUUUUCAUUUCGAUGGCCGCGGAAAACUAUGUGUAAUGCUGUAUUUAUUUCUUAUUUAUGAUUAGAUAUGGCCUAGAGUAAUA